AGAUCCAAGACAAGGAAGGCAUCCCUCCGGACCAACAGAGGUUGAUCUUUGCUGGGAAGCAGCUUGAGGACGGCCGCACACUCGCAGACUAUAACAUUCAGAAGGAGUCCACUCUCCACCUUGUGCUCCGGCUCAGGGGUGGUAUGCAGAUUUUUGUGAAGACCCUAACUGGUAAGACGAUCACUCUUGAAGUUGAGAGCUCCGACACCAUAGACAAUGUCAAGGCCAAGAUCCAGGACAAAGAAGGCAUUCCUCCGGACCAGCAGAGGUUAAUUUUUGCUGGGAAGCAGCUUGAGGAUGGCCGCACACUUGCAGAUUAUAACAUUCAGAAGGAGUCUACCCUCCAUCUUGUGUUGCGACUCAGGGGAGGUAUGCAGAUUUUCGUGAAGACGCUUACCGGCAAGACAAUCACUCUUGAAGUUGAGAGCUCUGACACCAUUGACAAUGUCAAGGCUAAGAUACAGGACAAAGAAGGCAUCCCUCCGGACCAGCAAAGACUUAUCUUUGCUGGGAAGCAGCUUGAGGAUGGCCGCACCCUUGCGGAUUACAACAUUCAGAAGGAAUCCACCCUCCACCUCGUCCUCCGUCUCCGUGGUGGUCAGUGACCGGUGACCGUUUGCUUCCAGUCUUUAUCAUUUCUUGUGCUCCGACUCAGGGGAGGUAUGCAGAUAUUUGUGAAAACCCUCACUGGAAAGACAAUCACACUUGAAGUUGAGAGCUCCGACACUAUUGACAAUGUUAAGGCUAAAAUCCAAGAUAAGGAGGGGAUUCCACCGGACCAGCAGCGCCUCAUUUUUGCUGGUAAGCAGCUUGAGGAUGGUCGCACCCUUGCGGACUACAAUAUUCAGAAGGAAUCUACUCUUCAUCUUGUGCUCCGUCUUCGUGGUGGCAUGCAAAUCUUUGUGAAGACUCUUACUGGAAAGACCAUCACCCUUGAGGUAGAAAGCUCUGAUACAAUUGAUAACGUGAAGGCGAAGAUUCAGGAUAAGGAGGGCAUUCCUCCUGAUCAGCAGCGUCUCAUCUUUGCCGGCAAACAGCUCGAGGAUGGUCGCACGCUGGCUGAUUAUAACAUCCAGAAAGAAUCGACACUUCACCUUGUUCUCCGCCUUCGUGGUGGUAUGUGAGCUAGUCCCCAUAUUAGGUCUGGUUCUGUGAAAGCUUGUCAUUUUCUGCAUUUCUGUUAUAGUUUAUGGAGCUAUUAGAGCUCGUAUCCAUGUUAGUACUAUUUUUCAUCCAUUGUGUUUAUCAGGUCAUGGCUAAACAUCUGUAUUAGUCCUUAUUCAGUGUUAUGUUAGUGUCGCUUGCUUAUUCUAUGUGCUUUUUAUGAAAAAAAUUUAUCUUGUUGCUGUUAA